AUGUCUUUCUCUCCUAAUUUACCACCAAAUGAAUACCUCGAUCUUUUGUCUGAAGCAAAGCAUUCCAUAGAAACUAAAUUGCUGCUGUGUACUGGAACACCUCUAGCAAAUCCACGGGUUCUCAUCAUAUGCGGGUCUGGGUUGGGAGGUAUCGCUGAUAUCUUGCACAACGAGCCCAAAGUUGAGAUAAAGUAUGAUGAGAUUCCAGGAUUCCAGACGUCCACUGUAGCUGGUCAUGCUGGGAAACUUAUUUUGGGGCUCAUCGGGGAGAAUAAGGUGCCAGUGAUUUGUAUGGUUGGAAGAUUACAUUUCUACGAAGGGUAUAACUUUCAGCAAACUACCUUUCCGAUUAGGUUGUGCAAGAAGUUGGGAGUUAAGACUGUUGUGGUGACAAAUGCUGCUGGUGGCAUCAAUGAGAAUUACAAGCCAGGCGAUCUUAUGAUCAUUAAUGAUCACAUCAAUCUUCCGGGGCUUGCAGGGUUCCAUGCUCUUCGCGGGCCUAACUUGGAAGAGUUUGGUCCUCGGUUCCAGCCAAUGUCGGACGCAUACAGCCAUUCUUUACGUAAACUCUUUUUUGAGACAGCCAAGAGCCUCAAAGUCACACGCAGAAUCUAUGAAGGCACAUACUUCUUUGCUGCGGGCCCAACUUUUGAGUCUAGGGCCGAAGUUAGAAUGAUCAGAACCUUGGGGGGCGACGCAGUGGGAAUGUCCACUGUACCAGAAGUUGUCGUGGCGCGUCACUGCGAUAUGGAAGUGUUGUCUUUAUCUUUAAUUACCAAUGCCGGUGUUGGCGAGAAGCCUCCUAGCGUUUAUGACGAGAAGCCAAAGGCUUUGAGCGACGGCAUGGCCUCUCACAGUGAGGUUUUGGAGAGCGCAAGCGAGGCAUCAAAAGACGUGCAGCGUAUUUUCGAGGCCACUAUCAACGAAUUGUAG